CAUAAAAAUCAACCUUUUCUUUUGUAACACGAAACGAACAAAAUUUCACUAUAUAUCUGCAAUUCAUCAACCAACUCCCAACUCUUCCCCAAAUUUUCGUCUUUUCAGUAAUCCACGCAGUUCGACAACCAUGAGCAACAAACCAGAGUCCUCCGAUCCCAACGCGAAGAAGGAUUUUAGCACUGCGAUUUUAGAGAGGAAAAAGGCGGCGAAUCGGUUGGUGGUGGAUGAGGCCAUCAACGAUGAUAAUUCCGUAGUUUCUCUUCACCCUGAUACUAUGGAGAAGCUCCAGAUUUUCCGCGGCGACACAAUUUUGAUCAAGGGUAAGAAACGAAAAGAUACUGUCUGCAUUGCCCUUGCUGAGGAUACCUGCGAGCAACCAAAGAUUCGGAUGAAUAAGGUUGUCCGGAACAAUCUCAGAGUUAGACUUGGAGAUGUCGUUUCCGUGCACUUAUGUCCUGAUGUGAAGUAUGGGAAGCGAGUCCACAUUCUCCCUGUGGAUGACACCAUUGAAGGGGUUACUGGCAACCUUUUUGAUGCUUACCUAAAACCAUAUUUCCUAGAGGCAUAUCGGCCUGUGAGGAAAGGUGAUUUGUUUCUUGUGAGGGGAGGAAUGAGAAGCAUAGAGUUCAAGGUUGUUGAAACUGAUCCUUCGGAAUACUGUGUUGUUGCCCCUGAUACGGAAAUCUUUUGUGAGGGAGAGCCUGUAAAAAGGGAGGAUGAGGAUAGGUUGGAUGAAGUUGGUUACGAUGAUGUUGGCGGUGUUCGUAAACAGAUGGCUCAGAUUCGUGAAUUGGUAGAACUGCCGCUAAGGCACCCACAGCUUUUCAAGUCAAUUGGAGUGAAGCCUCCGAAAGGAAUUCUGCUUUAUGGUCCUCCUGGAUCCGGGAAAACCUUGAUUGCCCGGGCUGUGGCCAAUGAGACUGGUGCUUUCUUCUUCUGUAUUAAUGGACCAGAAAUAAUGUCAAAAAUGGCAGGAGAAAGUGAAAGCAAUCUCAGGAAGGCCUUUGAGGAAGCUGAGAAGAAUGCGCCUUCCAUUAUAUUUAUUGAUGAAAUUGACUCCAUUGCGCCCAAGAGAGAGAAAACCCAUGGAGAAGUAGAAAGGAGGAUUGUGUCCCAACUCCUGACAUUAAUGGAUGGACUCAAGGCUCGCGCUCAUGUUAUUGUGAUGGGUGCUACGAACCGUCCCAACAGCAUAGACCCUGCUCUGAGAAGGUUUGGGAGGUUUGAUAGGGAAAUAGACAUAGGCGUUCCUGAUGAAGUAGGGCGCCUUGAGGUUCUUCGUAUCCACACAAAGAACAUGAAACUUGCUGAAGAUGUUGAUUUGGAAAGAAUUUCCAAGAAUACACAUGGCUACGUUGGUGCCGAUUUAGCUGCUUUGUGCACUGAGGCUGCCCUUCAAUGCAUUAGGGAGAAGAUGGAUGUGAUCGACUUGGAAGAUGACUCCAUUGAUGCCGAGAUACUGAACUCCAUGGCUGUCAGCAAUGAGCACUUCCAGACUGCUCUUGGAACGAGCAACCCCUCUGCUCUGCGUGAAACGGUUGUUGAAGUGCCCAAUGUUAGCUGGGAAGACAUUGGAGGGCUUGAGAAUGUCAAGCGGGAGCUACAAGAGACCGUUCAAUAUCCAGUUGAGCAUCCCGAGAAGUUUGAGAAAUUUGGAAUGUCACCCUCGAAAGGAGUUCUUUUCUAUGGUCCUCCUGGAUGUGGAAAAACUUUGCUAGCCAAGGCUAUCGCGAACGAAUGCCAGGCAAACUUCAUCAGUGUCAAGGGGCCUGAACUGCUCACUAUGUGGUUUGGAGAGAGUGAGGCCAAUGUAAGAGAGAUUUUCGACAAGGCUCGCCAGUCUGCUCCUUGCGUCUUAUUUUUUGAUGAAUUGGACUCCAUUGCUACUCAGAGAGGAAGCAGUGUAGGAGAUGCUGGUGGCGCUGCGGAUCGUGUGUUAAAUCAACUCCUAACAGAAAUGGACGGAAUGAAUGCUAAGAAGACUGUCUUCAUCAUUGGUGCCACCAACAGGCCCGACAUCAUCGAUCCUGCCCUCCUCCGCCCUGGCCGUCUUGAUCAGCUCAUCUACAUCCCUCUUCCUGAUGAGGAAUCGCGCUACCAAAUCUUCAAGUCGUGUUUGAGAAAGUCACCUAUCUCCAAAGACAUCGACCUAAGAGCCCUUGCUAAGUACACUCAAGGAUUCAGCGGCGCUGAUAUCACCGAGAUAUGUCAGCGUGCAGUCAAGUAUGCCAUCAGAGAAAACAUCGAAAAGGAUAUCGAGAGGGAGAAACGGAGAGGCGAGAACCCCGAGGCUAUGGAGGAAGAUGUCGAGGACGAGGUGGCAGAGAUCAAACCUGCACACUUCGAGGAAUCGAUGAAGUUUGCUCGGAGGAGUGUGAGCGACGCUGACAUACGCAAGUACCAGGCGUUUGCUCAGACCCUCCAGCAGUCGAGGGGAUUCGGAGCAGAAUUCCGAUUUGAGGAGCAGAGCAGGGGGGUCUCUGCGGGAGCUGCCGACCCUUUUGCAGCAGGCUCUGUUGCAGCUGAUGACGAUGAUCUCUACAGUUAAAGCAAUAUUGUGUUGGAAGUUUUUAUUAAUUGCUGCUUUGUUAUUUAUUUUCAUUGUUAAACUGUGAUACUAAUUACACCAUUUCAUAUCAUGGGAUAUUCUGGUAUGCAAAUUUAGGUGCUAAUAUUUACUUUCUGUAAAUAAUGAAUACUAGUACUACUUAUUUAAUCUUGGUCCUUUUUACA